CAGACAGCCGCUCCCCUGAGAUCACAGACUGGCGAUCAGUACAACAUUCAGAAGGGGAAAUUGUUGUCCUGGCUUUUGUUUUUGUCAUUUGAAACAAUUUUCAAUUCGUCUCAUUGUUUUUUUGGGGAGAGAUGAAUAAACUGUCCGGAAACAAUUCGACGGUGAUGAACAGCUCCCUCAGCAAGUGGUCAGUCAACGAUGGUGGCUCCUUCCAACAUUUGGACCCUGGCGAACUGAGGGUUCUUGUGCCGGCGGUCCUGGGCAUUAUUUGCAUCUUGGGCUUGGCUUGCAAUUUGACCGCCAUGGCAAUCUUGUUGUCCAGUGCCCACAAGGGCAAACUGUCCCUCAUCAACUCGCUCAUCUUCAACCUGAUAUUUGCUGACGGCCUGGUGCUGCUCUUCAGCGUGCCCUUCCGGGCCGCCUCCUAUUCCAAGGCCAGCUGGACGCUGGGCUGGGUCGUGUGCAAGACGUCCGACUGGUUCCUCCACUCGUGCAUGGCGGCCAAGAGCUUCUCGGUGGCCAUCAUGGCCAAAGCCUGCUACCGCUAUGUGUCCAACCCGACCAAGCAGGUGAGCAUCCACCUGGGCUCCAUCCUGGUGGCGCUGUUCUUCAUCUGGCUGUCGGCUUGUGUGGUCCCCAUCCCUCAGUGGCUUUUUGCCACGCUGCAACGGGGGCUCCACGGGCUCAUGUGUGUGCUGUGGGUCCCCCCUGAAGCAUGGGAGUUCAUGUCUGUGUACAUAAAGGCUUACCCGCUGGGGGUCUACUGCGCCCCCCUCAGCUUUUCCCUCAUAUACUUCUGGAAGGCUUACGGCCAAUGCCAGCGCCGCUCCAGUAAGACUCAGAACCUGCGCACACAGAUCAGGUCCAGAAAGCUCACCUUGAUGCUCUUCAAUCUCACCGUGGCCACCGCCAUCCUCUGGCUGCCGCAAUGGGUGGUGUGGAUUUGGGAGCACCACUCGGCAGAGGGGGGAUCGCAGAGCUUUGUCUCAUCCCCUCCUCUUCUCAUCGCCCUCUCGGCUCAGAUGCUUACCUUGUCGCUGUCGCUCGUCAACCCUCUCAUCGUGCUCUCCCUCUCCGAAGAAUUCCGGGAGGGCUACCGCGGGCUGUGGAGGCGCCUCACCCUGCGCAAGCAACCUCCUUCCAAACCCGGACCGCACAAACCCACCUCGCUCCAGUCGCCUUGUCCCAGACCGGAGAUGUCCGGCCAGCAGAGGGACGAGAGGAGCCUUGAAACAUUAAGCGCCCAGCCGGGAAGCAGCGGAGAUGCCCAGCUCGACCACGACGCCGCUAGAGGAGGCGACGUCGACAAAGACGGCCUCGUCUUGCCAGAUGUGGAACAGUUCUGGCACGAGAGGGAGUCCGGCUCACAUUUGGAUGAAAAUGACCCGGUGCCGUGGGAGCAUCAGGACCACCAGGAGAGAAAUUAACUACCAGCGAAUCCUCUGAAUGAUCUCGGCAACAUUUUUGUUCUCUUCAUGAAUUGGACUGCACUGCAAAUUCACUGAGUUCUGUAUAAUCCUGUGCUCAUCUUUUGGAGACAACUAAAUGGAACAUAGUAAGACAUUGGUUAUUGUUUGAAAAAUGUAAACACAGACAGUAGAUAUUAGCCAACAAUCUUCCAAUCCAGGUUCUGUUUAAACUCAACGUAGUCUUUUGCCACUUUCAUGUGUCCAACGCCUUUCAAAUAUUGAUUCAGGGCUUAACUGUACAAUAGACAUAGCAUGUAAUUUGCCUGCAAUGAAUGGUAUUAGUAAAGUGCAGCUUUUGUGAAGUACAUGCACAGAGAAACAUGUUAGUUAGUUAGUUAGUUCUCUUGGAUAUUGCCUUGCUUGGUUUCGUUUAAAUGUCAGUACAUUGCAAUGCUUGUGGACGUCUGUGAUUCCAGCCAGGUAUUUUUGCAUUCAUGUAGUAUGUGCAAGUCACCCAUGUUUACAAUAAAGUCAUCCCUAAUGAGU